GCCGUUAUGAACAUCCGCAAUGCGAGGCCAGAGGACCUGAUGAACAUGCAGCACUGCAACCUCCUGUGUCUGCCCGAGAACUACCAGAUGAAAUAUUAUUUCUCCCAUGGCCUUUCCUGGCCCCAGCUCUCUUACGUCGCUGAGGAUGAGAAUGGGAAGAUUGUGGGGUAUGUCCUGGCCAAAAUGGAAGAGGACCCGGACGACGUGCCCCAUGGACACAUCACCUCGCUGGCUGUGAAGCGUUCCCACCGGCGCCUUGGCCUGGCUCAGAAGCUGAUGGACCAGGCCUGCCGAGCCAUGAUCGAGAACUUCAAUGCCAAAUACGUCUCCCUGCAUGUCAGGAAGAGUAACCGGGCCGCUCUGCACCUCUAUUCCAACACCUUCAACUUUCAGAUCAACGAAGUGGAGCCCAAAUACUAUGCAGAUGGGGAAGACGCAUAUGCGAUGAAGUGGGAUCUCACCCAGAUGGCCGAUGAGGUAAGAGUCCUGCAGGUAAGAGUCCUGCGGGGCCAGGGCCGCGGUCCCCAGGCAAGGACCCACAUUGCAUUGAGCUGUCCAGCAAAGGAUUUUAAAGAGGAGUGUGACGUGAUCACAUUUGCAAUGUCAGUUUGA